AGGUAACUUUAAGAACUAGAAGAAAGAAAUUAGCAUAAACAGUGGUUUAAAGAUGAGUAAAUUUAGAUUCAGUUGCAGCUGCCUCAGAAGGCGAAACAACCUAUUUUGCAUAAUUGAUAUAAUUGAUGAAAAACUCAGGAGUUAUAUUCGCUAAUAAUACUAGCAAAGAUAGAGAAAAAGCUCAUCUAUUAAAGCAUAAAAAAAAAUGAAACAUUCUCAUUUGUAAAAAGAAUUAUUAUUAUCAGCUAUAUAUAGAUUGUUGUAAAAAAGGUGGAAUUAUUGUUUAUUCAACUUGUUCUGUGAGUAUAAUAUGCUUUAAAUAAUAGACAUGUAAAAUUAUUUGAUACAGGCUUGUAAAUUGAAAAAAAUUUAGCAAGCAUGAUUAAAUCUAAAUUUAGAAUGAAUAUAACCUCAUGAUUCUUUUAUGCAAAAUUAAAAAAAAUUAAUCAUUGGUCCCAUCAAAGAAGAAGCUGCUUAAGAACCACAAGUAAUGACAAAAAAAAUGAAAAAAAAAAUAAUUAGAAAUGCUAAGAGUAGGAGUAGAUAGAAAAUAAUAAUAAUAAUAAUAAUAACCAC